UCAUUUCUGUCAAUCUCUUUCAUUUGGUUUUGCUCUCUCUCUCUUUUUCUUCUUGAAAAUCACCUUCUCCUGUUCUUUUGACAUUGCUACCCCCUUCCACAUUUAUCUUUCCUUCUGAAGUCUUUGUUUUUCGGCACUCUUUCAUCUCCAGCCUCCUCUUUUCUUUCUUUACUUUCUGUCAUUACUCUCUCUCUAUUACUGUCAUUCGUACUGUGUUCUUUCAUCAGUCUUUUAGUUACUUCCCUUGUCCCCUGCAUUCUCUCUCUCUCUCUGCUGAUGGUUGAUAGAUGACAGAGUAAAGAGGCAGACACAGAGAGAGAGAGAGAGAGAGAGAGAGUGUGAGUGUGUGUGUGUGUGUGGGGGGGGGCGUGUGUUAGACCCUUGUAUUAAAGCUGGAGAGAGAUGUGUCGUCAGCAGACGUGUGGCGAGGAUGCGUGUGUGUGUAUGCACACCCUGAGCUCCGACAGAGGAGAGAAUCCCGAAACGAGGAACGGAAGUGCACCUGCUUCCCAGCUCCGAAUUGCGCGCGCGGACAAGAGCCGAGCACGUCGCUUUGCUGCCCGCUAACUCGAGUGUGACUCUGAUUUAUGGAUUAAGAGGCCGCGUGUCUUAGCGGUCCCCCUGGGGGAGCUGAAAAAGCUGGACUAAACACAAAUUCAAGCGUAAGAGAGAGCUCCUUUGGAAACAAUUGAAUAUGAAUUUUACUCCGCACCUCGGAUUGUUUCCAAGCUACUAUGAUAGGAAUCUCAGCCUCCUCUCGGAGGGAAAGGACACAUCCUCUUCUUCAUCAGAGGGCUGCUAUGAGCAGCUGCUGAUCUCCACCGAGGUCUUCCUCGCCCUGGGCAUCGUGAGCCUUCUGGAGAACAUCCUGGUGAUCGCCGCUAUCAUCAAGAACAAGAACCUGCACUCACCCAUGUACCUGUUCAUUUGCAGCCUGGCGGUGGCUGACCUGCUGGUGAGCGUGUCCAAUGCGACCGAGACCAUCGUCAUCGCUCUGAUCAACGGCGGCACUCUGGCCAUCCAGGCGCAGUUCAUUAGGAGCAUGGACAACGUCUUCGACUCCAUGAUCUGCAGCUCUCUGCUGGCGUCCAUCUGCAGCCUGCUGGCCAUCGCCGUGGACCGCUACAUCACCAUCUUCUACGCGCUGCGCUACCACAACAUGGUGACGGUGCGCCGCGCGCUGCUGGUCAUCUCAGGCAUCUGGGCGUGCUGCACGGCGUCCGGCGUACUCUUCAUCGUUUACUCGGAGAGCACCACCGUGCUCGUGUGCCUCAUCAGCAUGUUCUUCACCAUGCUGGCACUCAUGGCCUCGCUGUACGUGCACAUGUUCCUGCUGGCGAGGCUGCACAUGAAGCGCAUCGCCGCGCAGCCGGGCAACGGGCCCAUCCGCCAGCGCGCCAACAUGAAGGGCGCCAUCACGCUCACCAUCCUGCUGGGCGUCUUUGUGGUGUGCUGGGCGCCCUUCUUCCUCCACCUCAUCCUCAUGAUCACGUGCCCGCGCAACCCCUACUGCACCUGUUUCAUGUCGCAGUUCAACAUGUACCUCAUCCUCAUCAUGUGCAACUCGGUCAUCGACCCCAUCAUCUACGCCUUCCGCAGCCAGGAGAUGAGGAAGACAUUCAAGGAGAUCUUCUGUUGCUGGUGCAGCCUGCCCAGUCUCUCUGUUUGCGAGAUGCUGGGGAAGUACUGAGCAGCCAGGAGGUUGUGUUUCUGUGUAUG